UUUGACUGGGAUGGGCAGAGUAUCCAUCUGUAUUGUAAGCCUUAGGCUAUUUGCACAAGUACCUUGAGCUCAGCCUCUUAUUGGCCCCACAUUGGGCAACAAAGUCCAGCAGCUCUCAUUUCACCAGCAGCAUGCCAAGAAACAGACAGAUACCUCCACAAUCAUGGCCAAACUAGUAUCCAAGGACCAAAAUAGCAGUCAGAUGACCACAAGGGCCAGUUUACCACUUUCUGUCCAGAGCCCAGAAGCAGCAGCAGCUAAAAAUAGGCACAAAACCCACAGGCUUUGGGAGGAACAGCAGGGACAGCAUCAUCCUGACCAGGGACACAAUGAGGUCGCUCCGUUUUAUUUCUGCUGAAGCCUUGGUAUCCCACCCCAAGCUGACCGAGGAGAGCCUGGACCACAUAGCCUACAACCUCUACCCACUCCUAUUCAAGGCCAGUUACCUGCUAGAGCAGGCAGAAGUAACCCGUGCUGUGCUGAGUCACUGGCCCCUAGAGGAGUUCCGGCUGGCUGUGCUGCUGGGGCCAAACACUGACCACCCUGAAGACCUGCGUGAUCGUGCCUGCAAGGCCUGCCUGGAGGCCUGUAUGCAGGGCCUCGCUGACCAUGUGCUGCAAAGUGGGAGCGACCGACUUCGGGUAGCUGAUUUCACAGGCAUUCAGGAUAUACAGGUGCAGCAAUGUCCUUGUGGGAGGGCACUAGGAAGGUGGGGCCGUACUAAGGUGCUGGCCAGGACCUGCUGCCAGCUCCAAGGACAGUCCUGUACAGCGAGGCAUCCCAUUGAAGUCUUUGCUGACCUCUUUGUCACAGAAGGUAACUUUGACAUGGUGGUGCAGGCCCUGAAGCCAGCAGGCCCAGCCCCUCUGCGGGUCUGCUGCCUUUCACUCCGGGCAGAUAGCCUGAGCCCUGGGCAGCUCCUACAAGUGCUUGGCCUAGCUGGGCCAAGCAAGCUAAGAAAGUUGGAGGUAGUACACAAUGUACGGUUGCAUGCUGGCCAUGUGCAGCAGCUACUGGCCCAGGUGGGCUUCCCUCAACUGACCUCACUCACCUUACCCACCAAGGCCUUCGAUGCACCCCCCACCUAUGCCCUAACUCCAGAGGGUGAUGAUCCCCUCCUCACCUCUAUUGCCUGGGAGCUCAGCCGGAUGAACCAGCUCACUGAGCUGAGUGUAGCUUUCUCUACACUGACUGGGAAGAUCCAAACAUUGCUUAGUCCCUUGAAGACCCCACUAAGAGUGCUGGACCUAGCCAACUGUGCCCUUAAUCAUGAAGACAUAUCCUUCUUAGCAGAUUGUAAGCACACUGCCCACUUGGAGGUGCUGGACCUUAGUGGACACAACCUGGUACAUCUGUACCCUUCUACCUUCUUCAGGCUGCUGAGCCAGGCUGCCCAAACACUGAGAGUACUCACCCUAGAGGAGUGCAACAUCACAGACAACCAUGUUGGCAUGAUGAUUCUGGGCCUCAGCCCUUGCAACCAGCUCCAGGAGUUCAAGUUCCUUGGAAACCCACUGUCAGCCAGUGCUCUCCAGCGCCUUUUUGCUGCACUCUGUGAACUCCCUAGGCUGCGUCACAUUGAGUUCCCAGUGCCAAAGGACUGCUACCCUGAGGGUGCUACCUACCCCCAGGAUGAGCUGUCAGUGUCCAAAUUUGACCAACAGAAAUAUGACAUGAUUGCAGAGGACCUGCGAGCAGUACUGCUUCGAGCUAACCGGGAGGACAUCCAGGCCUCCACCCCUCUUUUUGGAAGUUUUGACCCAGACAUUCAUGAAACCAGCAAUGAACUUGGUACUUUUUUGCUGCAAGCUUUCAAAACUGCUUUGGAAAACUUUUCCAGAGCACUAGAACAAAUGGAGUAGGUGCUAGAACCAUGGUAUAAGAGGCUGUGCAUUUCAAGUAGCAUGGUGCCCUGAGGUUAGUCCUGGAUCAGAUCAGGAUCCGCACCAGCAACAUCACUGCCACAGAAUUCCUUAGUGAAAACUACAGGCAUACUAAUCACAUGCUCUAAGAGGAGCCCAGAUAUAUAAAUGGGUGUGUGUCAGCAUGGCAGGAUCCAAACCGCCUAGAGUGAAGGACCUACCACCAAGGUAGAAGGUGGAGGAGAAUGUGGACACCAGGGAAGGAUGUAGUGGAAGUAGGGUCAACUUGGCUCUGAUGCAGUGAGGGGGUGGAAAUGAGAAAACUCAUGACAGAAAAUGUAUAGAAGCAGCAGCCCAUAAAAAAAUAACCAAAGAAAGACACUGAAAAUAAAUGAACCUAACCUCUGAGUCUAGCAGAAACUUAGCUAUGUUCUAUCUGCUGUACUGUUUACCAUAUGACAUCUGCCUACAUAGAAAGGUGGGGGAUGGGGAUGGAGAUCAAUUUUCUGUCCGUAGCUAUCUUUGUUUCCAAUCUUGGCAGGGUUGCACCAUCUUUUGGUGAAUGAGAACAUUUAGCUGCUGAAAUAUGCCCAGUAUUUCUUGGAAUAUUCGACCCUGUUUUCUGCUCUGUGUCCAACCUGAACAGUAUAUGCAGCCACAAGUGUCAGAGGAUAACUAUGAACAAAAUUAUAAACUUACUUAAGACACGGAUUAUUUUUAUGAAAAAAAUUUUUUUUUUUUGGUUUUUCGAGACAA